AUGAAGGCAAAUCAUAAUUUUAUCUCCUUUGCCAUUCCAAUAUUUUCUGUUAGAAUCCGCGGUGCUCUUCUUUUUAUCACGAUCUUACUUAUCGGAGCAGGCUGGGCGUUUAUCAAGCACAUGCUUACACCACGUGAGCGCAACGUCUUCUUCAUCGUGAUACCUUUGCAGAUUCUCGCUAAUGUGGCCACCAUAGUGAUUGAGGAAUCUGAAGCAGGUACAGCUCGAUAUGCCCUGUGGAAGGAUAUCUUUAUUUUUGUUGAUUUGGCGUGUUGCGGUGCGAUUCUUUUCCCUGUUGUUUGGUCUAUCCGUCAUCUGCAAGCGGCAUCUCAAACCGACGGAAAAGCUGCCAUCAACCUACGAAAUCUACGUCUCUUUCGACACUUCUAUAUUUUGGUAAGAGUGCACGUGAGAAUCAGGCUCGUUUUAGACCUUGUCGAGUUUGCAUCAAUCACAUUUUCACUCCGCCAAAUUCUGGAGCACAGAUAUCCCUUCCGCAGACCUGCCAUUUCUAUCGUCCUCGAUCUGAAAGGGACUUUCGACUCAGUCGACUACUCUAANGAGAAGUUCAUUUCAAUUUUGCGAUCUCUUUAUGGUAACACCCGAAGCCGAAUCUGA